AUGGCCGCCGACGAGCCCCGAGAGCGCCUCGGCGUCCCGUCGAGGAACCCGCUGCCCUUGUCCGCCUCGCAGGAGUCUCAAGUCCGCGACAUCUUUUACGCCCGCGUGCGGAAGCAGUGCGCCGAAGAGAUCAAGGCGUUUGCGGCGUGCGCGCUGGGACGCACGCUGACCGUCUCGUUCGCCUGCCGGGCCGAGCACCGCCUCAUGAACAGCUGCAUGAAGGAGCACGCGACGCGGGAGGAGCACGACGCCGCGCGGGAGGAGUGGUUCGCGAUGCGCAUGGAGCGCCACCGGCAGCGCGAGCGCAAGGCCAAGGUGGCGGCCGCGCAGGAGGACUUUAUGCGCGAGUGGUGGGGGCUCCCCGAGGAGGUGCGCCUGUCGCGGCAGCGCGAGAUGGAGAAGCUGGGACGGGCGGAGCGGGUGGGAGGCAUGCCGGCGAGGGAGCGGCCGCGCGGGCCCGAGGCGUCGACGUAG